AUGCUGUUUGGCCGAGCUUCUCUCGCCGCCGUCGCCGCCGCUGCCUGCAAAAGAUCUUUCUGUGCGACACCUUCACGCACACCUCUGCACCUGUCCGCCCCUCGGUCGCUCCUUCACCCUGCCAAGUGCCUCGCUUCGCGACUGUCUGCUAGCAACUCACUUCGCAAACGCGCAUCUACUCUAUCCUCCACCCUUUCUUUGCCGAUGGAACAGAAUGGCACAACCAAGCGCAAGCAACCGCCAACCUCGCCUGUAACCGACCGUCCGACCAAGCAGGUCCGACCCGAAUCAUCUGAUCAUACCCUCAACGGUGCAUUGGCAUCGCCCAAAUCCGACGACGCCAUGGACGACGAUGCGCAUAGCGACUACAGCGCCCUCGAGAACAUGUCCGGCCCCGGCCAUGUGGCCCUCUCAGGACAAGACACAGCCGAAUGGCAAAAGACGAUAGAAAGUGUUGUCAAGAGUGUCGUUUCAAUACACUUCUGCCAGACCUGUUCUUUCGAUACCGAUCCUGCCAUAUCGAGUGAGGCUACUGGCUUCGUCGUCGACGCCGAAAAGGGUUACAUCCUUACCAACCGCCACGUUGUCGGCGCGGGCCCCUUCAUUGGGUACUGCAUCUUUGACAACCACGAGGAGUGCGACGUUUAUCCUGUUUACCGAGAUCCCGUUCACGACUUCGGUAUCCUGCGAUUUGACCCUACCAAGAUCAAGUACAUGCCCGUCACCGCCUUGCAAUUAAGGCCCGAUAACGCCAAGGUCGGAGUGGAGAUCCGAGUGGUUGGCAACGAUGCUGGAGAGAAGCUCAGUAUUUUGUCAGGAGUCAUAAGUCGGCUGGAUCGGAACGCUCCAGAGUACGGCGAAGGAUAUUCCGACUUCAAUACCAAUUACAUCCAGGCCGCCGCCGCCGCGAGUGGCGGCUCUUCUGGUAGUCCCGUUGUAGACAGACAUGGAUAUGCCGUCGCGUUGCAGGCUGGUGGACGCGCUGAUGGUGCUGCGACCGAUUACUUCCUACCACUCGACCGACCAUUGCGUGCACUGGAGCUUAUUCGCCAGGGUCAAUCGGUAUCCAGAGGCACAAUACAGACGCAGUGGAUCCUGAAGCCAUUUGACGAAUGUCGUAGGCUCGGCCUAACGCCUGACCUGGAAAAGGCGAUUCGAACACAGUUCCCAAAAGAGACGGGCAUGUUGGUUGCUGAAGUUGUCCUUCCCAAAGGCCCCGCGUCUACAAAGGUGGAAGAAGGCGAUCUCCUGACCAAAGUCAAUGGAGAGUUCCUCACACAGUUUGUUCGCCUCGACGCAAUAUUAGACGAUCACGUGGGCAAGACCAUCUCCGUGACGAUACAGCGCGCGGGAGAAAACAUGGAUGUCGAACUCGAUGUUGGUAACCUCCACGACAUUACACCUGACAAGUUCGUCUCGGUAGCAGGGGCUUCUUUCCAUGAUCUCUCCUAUCAGCAAGCACGGUUGUAUGCAAUCUCCUUGAAAGACUCGGGCGUCUAUGUUUGCGAAGCAGCUGGUUCCUUCCGUUUCGCGGAUGGCUAUGCAUCGGGGUGGUUGAUCCAAGAAGUAGACAAUCAGCCAACUCCGAAUCUGGAUGCAUUCAUCGAAGUCAUGAAGAAGAUUCCUGACCGCAAGCGAGUGGUGAUGAUGUACAAGCACUUGCGCGACCUUCACACUGCUAACACCAGCAUCACUGCCAUCGACAGGCAUUGGCACGCUAAAAUCCGGGUAGCCACACGCAAUGACACCACAGGAUUGUGGGAUUUCAAGCCAAUUGCAGAUGCCAUUCCAGCUGUGCCUCCAGUCCCACGCCGUGCGAACUUCAUCAAGAUGAGCUCCCAGUACCCAGAGGCCGUGGACAUUGUGCGCAGUUUCGUAAGAGUGCAUGUCAACAUGCCAAUCAAGCUUGAUGGCUUCCCAAAGAUGAACAAGCAAGGCUAUGGUCUUGUUGUGGAUGCUGAGCAAGGCCUUGUCCUUGUCUCAAGAGCAAUUCUGCCUUAUGACCUAUGCGACAUCUCCUUGAUCAUUGCCGACAGCAUCUUCGUCGACGCCCACGUCGUCUUCAUGCACCCAUUGCAGAAUUAUGCAAUUGUCAAGUACGAUCCCUCACUAGUGAACGCGCCAGUCAAGACGCCCAAGUUCGCGACUGAGUUUAUCAAGAAGGGUGAGGAGACUAUAUUUUUCGGUCUCAAUCAGAACUUUAGACCUGUUGUAGCCAAGACUGUCGUAACAGACAUUACUACAGUUGCUAUCCCGGCCAGUGCCAUCACACCACGGUACCGAGCGACCAACUUCGAUGCCAUCACCGUGGACACCAACCAGGCAUCCCAUAGUGGCUCUGGUGUGCUUAUUGCAGAGGACGGCACUGUGCAGGCACUCUGGUUGUCGUACCUUGGCGAGCGGACGUCUCACAGCGGUAAGGACGUAGAGUACCACCUGGGUCUUGCGACGCCGAACCUGCUGCCCGUCCUCGACGAGAUCAAGAGCGGAAAGACGCCGAAGCUGCGGAUAUUGAAUGUUGAGUUCCAAACUGUGCAAAUGUCUCAAGCGCGUGUGAUGGGCGUCUCCGAGGCAUGGAUUGAAAAGACGGAAAUAGCGGAUCCUGAGCGCCACCAACUCUUCAUGGUACGAAAAGUCGAUUCUGGUCAUGGAGAGGGUCUAAAUGAAGGCGAUGUCCUCUUGACACUCAAUGGCAAGCUCGUCACACGUUCGCCAGAUCUCGACGUCAUGUAUAGCAACGACUUCCUUGAAGCGGUUGUAGUACGCAAGCGAGAGGAAAAGACGAUCAAGGUGUCUACUGUCGCGACAGAAGACCUCGAGACGGACCGUAUGAUUAGCUUCUGUGGUGCCACAGUUCACCGCCCGCAUCAAGCUGUUCGCCAACAAAUCAGCAAGAUACAUUCUGAUGUAUAUAUUUCCUCGCGUGCGCGUGGCUCACCAGCGUACAUGUAUGGGCUUGCACCGACAAACUUUGUCACACACGUCAACAACACGCCGACUCCUGACCUUGAUACGUUCCUUCAGGAGGUGAAGAAGAUUGGGGACAAGGAGUACUUCCGACUGAAGGUCAUUACUUUCGACAACGUACCAUGGGUGGCGACGUUGAAGAAGAACGAGCAUUACUUUCCCACCAUCGAGUAUCGAAAGGAUGCCUCUGAGCCACUCGGCUGGAAGAAGAUCAUCCACGAGUGCGAAGAUGGUGGCGCGCGUGAAGAACUAGGACCAGACGAAAUAGAGGUCGAGGCCAGCGAGGAGUAA